CCCUCCGGUAUCUUGCAACACUCACUUCGCUACCGAAACAAGUCCACCAACGCACUCCACAGAGCUCUUCCAGUAAUCACUUUGAAUAAUGGCACUGAAAUCACUUUUCCUGAUGUCACUCAUUGUUGGGGUGCUUGCGGUGGGUGCUCCCAUGGCUCAGGCACAAUUAGGAGGAGUAGGAGGAAUCAUCGGCUCCCUCCUCGGCCUGAUUCGGAUCAAUGGGAUUGUGCCGUGCCUUCUCAACAGCGCCACUUCACUCAUAAAUGGCACAAUUCCGCUUUUCCCUAAUGCAGUGGUGCAACUUAAGUGCGGAGGCAAUGUGGUGUCCACUGCGACCACAAAUCAGAAUGGUGUCUUCUCUAUUCUGUUGGACCCUCUCCAAUACGUCCUCUCCACAGUACUCAACACUUGCCAAUUGGUGGUCCCAACUCCUCUCUCGAGCUGCAACUCAGCUUUGCCUGUCACCGGGGUCCUCCAGUCAGCACUGCAGCUCGCCGGAAACACACUCCAGGGACUCCUCAGCAUCACCAACAUCGUUCCUACUGGAUUCAAUCUCAUUGGCUGAGCUGUACGGCAUGCAAAUCGGACCCGACCUAAGCAAGCUUGGAUGACUAUAACAAUAUAAGACACCGUAUUUAGGCAAAUAAGGUUAUGCUUAUUAAUGUGUCGUAUGUUGAAUUAAAAGGAGGCGUUCUGCAAAAUGAUGCUUCCUUAAGUAUUAGAUGACUUUCCGGUUCCCGUAUCGCAAUGAAUUGUAAUUUCCCAACUGCCUUAAGUUGAACGUCUAAGUACAACUACUUUUCAAUAAAUUUCUGUCACCUCA